CGUAUGUUAGAAGUAGAAGCGAGGGUGGUAACAGCGUCUUGGCGUCAUAGGCCAGUCAGCUGUCAAUGCCGAGAUAAAAACGAGCUGGAACUUUUAAAAAAAGUUUUAAUCUGUUAACUAAAGCGCCUACGGAUUGGGAAAUGUGCAUAUAAAGAAGCACCCUCGCAGCACGGCAGCCAGUUCUAAAUGGCUUCUUAAAAAGACAGAUAGAUAGGCAGCAUCAAACAGGCACCCCAGCGUGUUGAUAAAAGAUCACGGGACGUAACGCUAGCUAGCUAGAGAGCCAGCUAGCUGCCUCUACUGUAGUUAGUGGACUGGGCAGCUAGCUAACGUUAACUUCGGCGAAGCGAGCCAAGAAGGUUGCUAGUUGGCUUUCUGGCGAACGAAGAAGGCUGCACAGAAGUCUCGGCAGUAUAGACCUAUGCGACUGUUAUCAGGUUAGCGAUGGAGAUGAGAGAGGUUACCGUGGUGACCGGCAGCUUCGCGGGGUUCCAGCUGCUCUUCUCCGUGGCCAGUCCGCUGUUCUCUCGGCUCUUCGUGCCGGGCUACAGACGCCUGCCUCCCGCCAAACACACCGAGUGGAACUCCAGGUUUGUGUCCACCAUCCAUGCGCUGAUCGUGGGGCUUUUCUGUCUCUACAUCCUGUGGUUCGACGAUGCUGUCAAUGCAGACCCAGUCUGGGGGGACCCUGGCUUGGUAAAGCUGAACGUGGCUAUAACCUGCGGCUACCUCCUAUAUGACCUUGUGCUGCUGGCCCGCAACUGGGCUACAAUGGGCGACAGCUUUUUCGUCUGUCACCACUUCGCGGCGCUGUACGCAUACGGAUAUGUCCUGACACAGGGUGUGCUUCCCUAUUUCGCCAACUUCCGUCUCAUUUCAGAGCUGUCCACACCGUUCGUCAACCAGAGGUGGUUCUUUGAAGCUCUGUCGUACCCACGCACGGACAGGCAGGUGGUGGCCAAUGGCGUUGCCAUGGCAGUGGUGUUCUUCCUGGUGCGGAUCGCGGUGAUGCCGCCCUACUACAGCCGGGUGGUGUCCACCUUCGGCACGCCGGCGUUCGAGCGGCUGGGCCUGGGGCCCCAGGUGGCCUGGAUCUCCUCCUGCAUCUGCCUGGACGUCCUCAACACCGUCUGGAUGUACAAAAUCGCCCGGGGGUGCUACCGGGUCCUGACCGGGGCCCAGGGAAAGAAGGCCAAGGGCGCCUCCUCCAACCAGCUGAACCACCACGACGGCGCCCACGGCAACAGCCACCGAGACUGAGCGGGUCACAUGGGAGGAAGGACCAAUCAGCGUGUUUCUUACCUUCUUUUUUUUUUUCUUUCUUUUUAAAAAAAAAAAAAAAAAAUCA